UGAAAACGAGGUGGCUGACAAUAAUGUGGCCGACCCAGUGCUCUACCACCCGCGAAUGAUCUAUGGCGAAAAUUCCUACUGGACAAACUCCGACGAAGAAACCGAACCGCCCUCACGGUACAACGACGCCCUAUUUGCCAUCAAUAAUAAUGCA